AUGGAAGAAUCCAAGCCUGUGGAAGCUCUUGAAGAACCCCAACCUGUCGAAGCCGCUGAAGAGUCCCAGCCCGUCAAAGACGCCGAAGCCCCUCAGCCCGUCCAACCGGCUCCCGAAGCGACUGCCGAAGAGAGCAAGAAGAGCGAGGAGGAUGCUGCAGCCAAAGCCAAGGACCGCAUGGCUCGGUUCAAGGCGCUUCAGGCCCGCGCCAAGAAAUCAUCAGAAACCAACUUCAAGGAGGCCACCCUAGAAUCGCAGCGCCUCUCCACGAACCCAAGCGAGCUCACUGCUCUGCAUCGAAGGCACGCGAUUGCGUCCCACAAGCUGCUUAAGGCAGACACCGAGGAGGCUGGCGAGGACUUUGAGCGGAAACGCGCCUGGGACUGGACCGUGGACGAGAGCGAAAAGUGGGAUAAGCGCAUGAAGAAGAAGGGGGCGCACCGCGACAACAACGCCUUCCAGGACUACCACCAAGAGGCCAACAAAUCCUACAAAAGGCAGUUGCGCAACGUCAACGUCGAUCUGGAAAAGUACGAGAAGCAGAAGAUGGCCGCUAUCGAAAAGGCUGCGGCGUCAGGUGGCCUAGAUAUCGUGGAGACGGAGGACGGCGAGCUCAUUGCCGUGGACAAGGACGGCACCUUUUACUCGACGGCCGACACGACGUCUUUUGCGCAGAACAAGCCCGACAAGGAAGCCGUCGAUCGAUUGGUCAAGGAUCUCCAGCGCGCAGAGGAGGUCCGGCUCAAGAAGCGAAAGGAGCGCAUGGCGCAGAACGGCGAGGACGGAGAUGUCACCUACAUCAACGAGAAGAACAAGCAGUUCAACCAGAAGCUGUCUCGGUUCUAUAAUAAAUACACAGCCGAGAUCAGGGACAGCUUUGAGCGCGGCACUAUGAUCUGA